UUUGACACAGGCAGAAAGGAACGGGCCGGUCACUGCCUGAGCGAGCCCCACCCUGACGCAAGGCCGAGACGUCCCCUUCCCGUCACAAAACAGCCAAGAACAAGGAUCCCCAGGCAAGCCGACAGGAAGCUGCAGAAAAUAAAGGCUAUUUUGAACUGGUUUCACUUCUUGCGCGGGUGUUUUCUGAGCCGGGUUCCUCCUCCCCUUGCAGCGUGGGAGACAGCUACUCCUGGAGUGCAGCUGAGAACUGAUUUAACCAUCUCUCAAGUGAGAGGACCCAGGCGGCCGUAGGCACCUCCGGCUGGAAGCUCCAUCCAGAGGUGAGACGACAAGAUGGCCGCCCUCAUCACUGAAAACUUCCGCUUCCUCUCUCUGUUCUUCAAAAGCAAAGAUGUGAUGAUCUUUAACGGGCUGGUGGCCCUAGGCACGGUGGGAAGCCAGGAGCUCUUCUCUGUGGUUGCAUUCCACUGCCCCUGCUCUCCAGCCAGGAACUACAUCUAUGGACUGGCUGCCAUUGGCGUCCCAGCCCUGGCCUUGUUCCUCAUCGGCGUCAUCUGGAACAACCACACCUGGAACCUGGUGGCCGAGUGCCACAAGCGAGGGGCCAAGAACUUCUCAGCUGCAGCCACCUUCCUGCUCUUCGGCUCCAUCAUGGGGCGGGCAGCCGUGGCCCCCGUCACCUGGUCCGUCAUCUCGCUGCUCCGCGGAGAAGCUUACAUCUGCGCCCUCAGUGAAUUUGUGGACCCUGCUUCACUAGAUAAGUUUCCAUCCAGAUACGGACCAGAGACCCUGGCCAGGUUCCCUUGCAAGGACAUUCCAGGGAACUUGACGAGUUUCAAGGAAGAAGUCAUACGCCGACUAAGAUACGAGUCGCAGCUCUUCGGGUGGCUGCUCAUUGGGGUUGUGGCGGUCUUGGUGUUUAUCACCAAGUGCCUGAAGCAUUGCUGCUCACCCCUGAGCUACCGGCAAGAGGGCUACUGGGCCCAGUACCGCUCCAGCGAGUAUAAGCUCUUCCAGCGCACCGCUGAGGUCCACUCCAAGAUCCUAGCUGCCAACAACGUCAAGCAGUUCUUCGGCUUCGUGGCUCUGGAGAAGGAGGAGAAGGAGCUGGUGGAGGAGUUCUCUGUGGAGGGCGUCCAGCCAAGCCCGCAGUGGAACGCCAUCACUGGGGUCUAUCUCUACCGGGAAAACAACGGCUUCCCACUCUACAGCCGGCUCCAUAAGUGGGCCAAAGGGGUGGAGGGGAACGGGCCAGGGCCUGAUGGUCAAGAAAUGGUCUUCCUGGCCACCUAAGAGAACCAGCAGCCAGGGGAUGACGGGACCGGUUCUCCUCACCAUCUUUGCUUCACUAGAUGCUCAGAUAGGUACAAACAUGUGCAUGGCUAGUCGAUUUGCUGCUAAUUAGCCUCCUUGGCCCAGCAAGGGAGGAAAGAGGAACAGCUUCGAGAUAAAGAUCAGUUGCAUCGUGCCAGGAACCCGUCUCUGACACACAGCAGUGCACUGUUGCUCCUACACGGAGGACAUGCCACCUGAAGCAGGUAUGUGCACCUGUCUCCAGACUAUCAGUGCUACAGCUUUGUUGUUACGCACAGACCCAGCCCCCGGGUCCUGCACGCACAAAGACGUGUUCAAGGUGGGAAACCAGACCUAAUACUCUGCCAGUGUUCCCCAUCGCAGCUACAAGUGCUACAGCCUCUUUGCUCUCUCAUUUCACCCAGCACACCUGCCUAGUUGAUGCUUAAGACUUUAUCUUGGAGUUCUGUUGCACCAAGAAAUUCCCAGAGCACUUGAUGGGCAGUUGCCUCUGGGGAGGAACACAAUAGUAGUCCCAUCAAUGCACAGAAAAACUCCAGAAUUUAAGAGUUUGUCUACACAAGGGGAAGGAAAGGAGGAGGUGGUGUUCACGAACUUGGAUUUGUACACAUUGAACUGACCUGCGUUCACACAACACAAACCCUGAAAGCACAGUAGCUGCACAGUACAAGUAUAUACCAAGUUCCCUGGGCACCGAGUGAAUACAAAUCCAUGUUCGUGCACACACGUUGCUCAUUCAGUUUUGGAAGCCUUCUAAUUGCCAUCCCAUACUGCUUUGCAUGUCACCAGAUGUGACCUAUUGGCUUACCUGUAUAUCCUCCCCCUCCACUUCUCUGGGGUCAAGUUGACUUGAUGCCAGCAACAGGAUGCUGGCAUUGCAUAGGGAUCGUUAAUGAAGUGGAAUCCAAUAAUCGAGAUGGAAACUGGCUAGGACCCCAAACAUCUUGUGUCAUGAACACAAAAGUUCAACUUGGUUUUAUGCAUCUAGAAGACAGCUCCGUCAGCAUGCCAGCAUCCUGCUGAGCUGGCUUGGGUCAAGCCGAGUCAUCAAAACCACUUCGGCAGCUCCUUGGGCUUCUCCUCCACGGACUGACCCAUUCCUCCCUGGCUUAGGUUCUGAGAGCUCAUAGUCGGACUUAGUUGCCAUACACACACUUUGCAUUUAGAUGGAGCCAGUCUCAGAGGGAUGGCCCUGUUAGUCUGUAACUUUGAAAGCAACAAGCAGUCCUGUGGCACCACAGAGAUGAACAAAUAUAUCAUGAGCUUUCGUGAGUAAAACCCACUUCAUCAGAUGUAAUGGGAGUGGAAAUUACAGAACCACAAAGUACUCUGUAUUCUUUAAUUUCCACUCCCACUACAUCUGAUAAGGGGGUUUUACCCACGAAAGCUCAUGAUACAAUAUAUUAGUUG